GUUGUAGAAGCACGGUGCAGAGAGUUCGCGAGAGUCGAUAUAAAGGAUGCUGGGGUCGGGGAAGCAUUCAGUUGCCCCUGUCGACGCAUUCUUUGCUCUACAUUGUGGUGAGACACCAUGACUUUCCACCCUGAUUCUCUCCCAGACCUGACCGGCAAGGUGUACAUUGUGACCGGUGGAAAUUCCGGCAUAGGAUAUCACACUGUUGCCCGCCUCGCACAGCAUGGCGCCCACGUCUACAUGUGCGCCCGGUCUCCCACCAAAGCAGCAACUGCCAUUACCAGCAUCAAGUCCUUGUAUCCGCAGGCUAACAUCACAGUCCUCGAGAUGGACCAUCUAUCCCUCGCCUCGGUGGUGUCAGCGGCGAAGCUCUUUCUUUCUAAAGAAACUGCGCUGCACGGAUUGGUCAACAAUGCCGGGAUAAUGGCCACGCCCUUUGAGAUGACACACGACGGACACGAAGCACAGUGGCAGACAAAUUACCUUGCACACUGGGUCUUCACCGCCCACCUUUUACCAUUGCUGCUCAGUACUUCCAAGACACUUCCACCAGGCAGUGUGCGAGUGGUGAACUUGUCGUCCUUCGGUCAUCAUUCAGCACCCAAAGGUGGAAUCAAUUUCGCCGAUACAUCUCUGAGAACUGGCAGCGGCAUGGCUCGAUAUGGCCAGUCAAAGCUCGCUAAUAUCCUCCACAUCAAGACACUGAACAAGUUGUAUGGCCCCGGUUCGUCAAACGCCGGAGCUGGGGAUGGGGAGAUCUGGACAUCGGCCGUUCAUCCGGGUCUGGUGCAGAGCAAUUUAGGGGAACACGCCGAGCUUCCCCUUCUGGUGAGGAUGAUCAUUGCACCAUACAGGGCGGUAGGGGGAAUGAUGGAUGGCGACAAGGGCGCGUGGACGAGCGUCUUCUGCGCUGCCAGCCCGGAGAUGAAGCGGGAGCACAGCGGUGCUUAUUUCCAGAGGAUUGCGGAUCCACACGGCUGGCAGAGUGCCAUGGCCAAAGAUAUGGAGCUUGCUGCGAGGUUGGAGGAGUGGACCAGAGCAGAAAUGGAGAAAGGGGGAUGGCUCAAUUGAUUCUGGGUGGACAAGAUGCCGUACUAAAGGAAAAUUGCAGGCCGCUCACCCUGCUUUGUGCUUAGGGUGAUGGCUCCCUGCGCCCAUGUGUGUAGGAAAGUGCUGAUAAAAAGCCAUAUACAGCGGUAUGAGAGCGAUCAUUCCUCCUCUCCUCGACGACAGAAACAAUGUUUGUGAUUCAAAC